GGAGAUACCUAAGCGACGACCAAGUUGCGCAUCACUUUUUAACCUGUUCCUACAAGGAGAUAAUCAUUUCAUAGUUUCUUCGUACGCUCAACAUUGAUGUCGCUUUUAGCUGUUCAUUCAUCAUGAUCACGCGGUAUUUGUCCAUUUUCCAGCCGUGACAUAUGGCGGAAUUACGCUAAAAGCGGAGACAUGGCGGGUCUGACAUGAGAGCGGAUGCAUACAGCAGCCUACCGCCUUUCCUCGGAUUACUUCACAGAAAGGGACUACGCCGACCCGAAUAAAACAAUACUACGGUGUCGGCUGUGCCAGCCGUCGGAGUGGAAGAGCGGCCCCUGAUAGAUGAAGACGCUGUUGAAAUAUGCCACUGAGCGGAUUGAUAGAUUCGUGGCGAGUUUACCGCCGAAUGCGUCAGGAGUGUACGGAAAGCUGACGGCCACCGGAAAGCAGUGCGUUUUGCAGACGGGAUAUCAAGCACCCGACACCAUGGAUAUGACGAUGACAACAACCUCUGCAUCUCCCAUUUCGGGCAUUGAAGACAGCGGCAUCAAGAAUAACACGUUCGGCACGUAUAUCGACGCCUACAUUAUCUACGGGCUUAUCAGCGUCUUGCUAGCGUCCUCGCUUAUCGUUCUCCUCGUAGCCGUUGCGGCUCACGCUCUUAAAAGAAAGGCAGGGAAAGCGGCGAGGACUUCUUCAAGCAACACUGGCUCCACGCGGACUCAUUCGUGGAUGAUGCUCAGUCACGGAGACCAGGAGACCGGUCCAGUGGCAACCGGCUCGCCUGACGACAACGACAUCGAUUGCGAAGCUGGACUCGCGCAGCCAGAAACCGCCGAGCCUCCGUGCGUUGUGGCCGGCUCGAGACGGCUAGGAAGCCGAAGACCUUCCCUCCGCUCAUUUCUCGCCGCCACGGCGAAGAAUGCGGGUGACGGUGGGACGACACCGAAAGUCACUGUUGUGGAAAAAGAAACGACCGUGUGAACUGUGAUGCGUAAAAGUAAGCAAGGGUUAUAGGCGCCCUCGCUUCGUCGUAAACAUGUGCGCCAGUGUGUUCUGCAUUCUGAAAUUGUUAUGUUUGUAUGCACGUCGACAGGGCCACAUGUCAGUAAUGUUUGGUAGGGAUGGAAGAUCAUAAACGGCAGCUACGCCAGAGGAAGAAGUUUUCGCGUUCAUCUAGUCUGGGUAAUAAAACUGAUUUGUCCAGGUCCCUUAGAAUGAUGGUCGUCUGGGUAAGUUGUUAAGUAAGAAAAAAGAAAAAAAAAAAAGACAUAGCUAGCGAACUUUUUAUCUCAGUGAAAUUGGUGCCGGGAUAUCACGUGAUGCGUUUUUCUGCGCUAUUUACUUUAUUCAGCUCUAUCGCAAUGAGUGCCAUUAUAUUCCAUGUUGUCUUUGAUGCACAGGGAUGUGUGACAACAUUGUGUAUUAUAGAAAGCGUGGUAGUUUUUGGCAAUAUGUGGGACAUUGAUGUUGAUGAUUGCGCACAAUUAUACGACACGAAGGCGCAGUUUACGACACGGCUGAGUUUGAGUGAUUGAGCGGCGAUUGAGGUCGAGAAGUUACGCAUAAACUGAGAUAUGCUAGGGCUAAGAGCUCCGGAAUAAUAUCGAACUCCUGUAGUUCCUAAAAGCGUUCCCAAGUAAGCCCACAUGGAUGUUUCAGCAUUGUACCCUCAUCAACAGGCAGCCGAUAGAGUUAACAUGCCAUCUCGCACUCAGCUGCUGAUGACAGCUUGGUCAUUUAAUUGCGGCUAUUU